AUGUGUUAUCAUCGAUACACCUCACAUGUUUGUGGUCACAAGAGUGCCUCCAUCGGCAGAUGCAAUGUUGACAUAUUAGCUACCGCAGUGCCAUUCUGUGAUCGGUACCACAUCCAGAAGACUGCCUCAUUCGAGCUGUGUGGCGGCGAUUACUGCAAAGAGGAUGAAGUCACUGCCGAUUGGGCAGAGAAUGGUGCGAGCUUGCUCAUAGCAUGCGAGGACGAUCUUCUGGAUCUCGAGAAUCGCUUGGACCCUCUCAAGCGAAAUCUUGAAGUUCUCGAGGAUUAUAAGAAAGCCUGGGGCACUUUGGCACCAGAUGUCAGAAAGAGGGCUCUUAGUAUGCACGAAGACUAUGAGGCACUAAGACGAACUUUCGCUGACAAGGGGGCCCGGCGUCAACGCAUUCUGGACGGUAUCAGCCAGACAAAGGAAAAGCAACAAGCUGCGAUUGAUCGUACUGCCACGAUGAUCAAGCAAGCCCGGGCUAUCUAUGCAGCAAAGAUGCGUAGAGUGCAGCAAUUCGUCAACACACAGACACAGCAGUCUCCCUUGUUGGCCUCGCCACAAGCCAACUCGAAAUCCAAGGAGGCCUUUGUGAGAGGCAUGCUCAAGCGUGCGGACUCGGGCAUCUGGGAACAUGGUGACAACUCUGCCACUCCUUGCCGACCUGCUACGAAUGCCAUCCCCUCGGCCCAACCGAGCGCAAGGAGAUCAGAGCUCCUGGCCCAGGAGGUUGGUGGUCCUCCUUCUUUAGCCUCAGCGUUCUCCUUUACAGACCGAGUGACGAUUGUCGAUCCCAGUCCCUCACCACCUAAGAAGAGACGUGGGCGACCUCCAAAGGCCCCCAAAAUCAAACACAUCACACCUGGUCUCGAGGGGACCGGGGGGUCAGCCUUCUACAGUUCCGAAAUUGACUACUUGGGUAGUCCUGCCACAAAUGAGCAAGACUCAGCGCCUAAGCGCCGAUCGGCAAGAGGCACGAAUAAAAAGGAGCAUCCUGCCCAAACCCAACCAUCCUCGGGAACUCGCCGUAGCGGACGUGUCAAGCAGCGAGUCAGUUAUGCUGAGUCACCUACCUCGUCACCUGAAAAAUCUGCGAAAGACGAGUCUGAACUUCAUGUGGAACCUGAAUUCACAAGAGUCUCCAGAGCCGUAAGCAGCAAGAAGAACCCUCGAGAGAAUAAUGGGUAUACUGGUCGUGAGGACGAUGGAGAGGACAAUAUGAGCGUUGAUGACGAAUGGCAAGGCGAGGAAGGAGUGGCAGAGGACGAUAUGGACGCCGAGCCGACUCCUGCUCAAAAUCCAUGUUGGAAAAAAAAACGCACAGCAACAUCUCCUCUCCGCAAUCCACGUCUUGAGAAACGUCAAACUAUGGCAGCCUUUGACGGAUUUAUCCACAAAAAAUCUGAUGAGCACGAUAGAUGGACUUCCGGUCAUGGCAACGGGCAACAGCAGGUACGUGGAACCGACACCAGUUGGGCGUAUAUGGACCCCUCUGAAGCCCAAUCGCUCUCCAAACCCGCUCCUCAGUGGCUCAAGAACCAGACCCCAGCUGCUUCGCUCGACUCAUCCUCUAACAACAUGGCUAUGAUCAAUCGUGCCCAAGAAAGUGCAAGCAGAGGACAUAACGGCCCCUUAACGCCUCACAGUAACAUGGCAAAUGGAAGAAUGUCAAAGAUCCUUCAACACAAAAGCCCAGCUGCAGCCGGAUCUGGCCUCAGCUCCACGGGUGUUGGAUCACAGUACCUCAAUAACGCCCAAAUCUCGCCCAUGCGUCGCUCCGACAUGAUGAACGGCCUGGGUAGAGCAGACUUGGGACUCUCGAUCGUGGAUGUUGAAGAUCACAAUGACUACGAUUUUGAUGUUGGCGUCAUGAGCAGAGCGGUCGCCGAUCUUGAUGCCCAGCAGAACUAG